CGUACGCGAACACAACAAGAUGGCGAGAGUUGCUCGUCAAAUCUGUUAAAAAACGCUAUAAAACCUGAAAAUUAAUAGCUUAUUUAUAUCUAAAAGUAUUCGGCCGAGUGUAUUGAGGCGAGGUUAUAUAUUUGGAAGAGUUUGUUUGGUAGGCGUUGCCUGCAAGCGAGUUGCGAAAGUUUCUUGCCAGGCGAGGAGACCUUCUGGACUUGUUGUUGUUGCUGCCACAGCCAGCUCUUGUGGCUGUCGUAGUCGUUGUUGCUACCUGCCGCCUGCCACUGUUGCUUUGUGCAGUGACUGCAAAAAUUAUGAACAACUACGGCAACAUAAUGAUGGACUCACCAAGAUCGUCGCCCCACGGCGGACGCUCACCGGUGGUGGCCCGCCAGGAUUCAUCAGGGACGCUGAAGACAACCAUUUCAUUGGGCAAAACACCAACGAUCAUACACACGGGUCCCUUCUACUCGAUGAAAGAGCCGCCGGCCAAGGCGGAGCUGACAGGUGACAAGGAUCUCAUGACUGAAUACGGUCUGCACCACACGCUGACGAAAUUCAAGGAGAAAAAGUUUAAAGAAUCGCUGUCUUCCUUUCUGCAAAACAUCCCUGGCAUCAAUGACCUCAUCACGCAUCCCGUUGAAAACAGUACGCUGCGGAGUGUGAUCGAAAAGCCGCCCAUCGGUGGCAAGGAGCUCCUGCCGCUGACUGCAGUGCAGUUAGCCGGCUUCCGUUUGCAUCCCGGACCACUUCCGGAGCAGUAUCGUACCACAUAUGUCACACCUGCGCGAAAACACAAAAACAAGCACAAAAAGCACAAACACAAAGAUGGCGUGACCACGGGGCAGGAGUCGACGCUUCUGGAUUCUGCGGGCCUGGACACUUACGAAAAGAAGCACAAGAAGCAGAAGCGGCACGAGGAUGACAAGGAGCGCAAGAAACGGAAAAAGGAGAAGAAGCGCAAAAAGAAAAAUCAAAGUCCCGAGCCUGGAGUCGGCCUGCUGCCCGGUGGAGCUGGUCUGGGCAAUUCUACUGGAGGUGGAAUAAUGGGCGCUACCGGUCUGGGUUCGCUGAGCGGUGGUCCUGGGCCUGGACCCGGCCCUGGCAUGUCCAAUCUGGGUGCCAGCAUGGGUCCUGGAGUCGUCGGCAUGAACAACUUCCCCUCAUCAAUGCAAAUGCAGCAGCAACAGAUGCCUAUGCAGCAGCAGCAAAUGCCCAGCGGAGGCCUUUUGGGUUCAGUCCUGGGCGUUGGCGGUGGCCCUGGCGGAGGAGGUGGCGGCGCAGGCAGUGGGGGUGGCGGUGGUAGCUUACUAAUGUCACAGUUUUAGGCAGGAUCCUUUAGUAAAAUAGACUUUGGCUCAUUACCUCUCAUCAGACUCCCACAGAUGGAAAAACAAAACAAAAAACACGAGCACACAGACCAAUCCAGAGAUGCAUCGCUUCAGGAUCGACCGUGCCUGAAGGGCAGCUUGCACUUCUCUAGAACAAUCCAUGUGUCCAGGUGUCCUCAUUGCAGCGCACUCUAAAUGCAAUCUUCUCGAUAAUGUUUCGUGACUAGUUAUUAAUUUAUGAAUAUGAUUAUUGUAAAAUAGUUUAUUUUUGUAAUUAGCCAACAUUUUUCGUUCGUUUUUCGCGCUAGCUUAAUGAGAUUUAUUUAAAUGCAAGUUAUGGUACAAAUCGCACGCAAAACGUUUCCGCUCUCGAUUCCAGCUCUAAACCCCGCCACGCCCCGCGAAGCUCUUAUUGAACAUUUUGCUUAACGAUUUACACACAGAUAUUUUUUAGGGUCAGUAUUUCAAAUCUUUGCAAUGGUUUGUUCUUCCAGCAAAUUUAUAAAAACACAAAAGAAAAAAAAAAGCUGAGA